AUGGAUGCGAAUACACAGGCACCAAGGCCACAGUUUCGGUCAAUAUCAACAACAUCAAAUCUUUCAUUAAGCUCAUCCUCGAGCAGUAUCACAAGAGUAGCACUGGGACCAAUACAAGCGAUGGGAAAUAGUUUUAAUAGGGCGCCAAAUAGCGAAGAUAGUCUAUAUUACCAGAGUUUGCGCUUGAAACAGCGAUUGGAGUCGAUUGAGGAGAUGAAGCCAUUUUUAGCGGCAGCAUUCGAGGUGGCCGAGCAGAGUGCAGAGCAGCAGGCUUUGGCAUUAUCACAACAAUUACAAGAAGAUGUUAGGUCUAGUGGAGACAAUGAGUUCAGGGCAUCUAUGGGAUCGGGUGGGUUUUCAAUACACUCUGACACGUCUUCGAUGACUUCAGUGGGGACCAACAGUAGUCCCGGAAAUGCUAAUAAUAAUAUCUUCACAUUCACAGCAGGGGUGCUACCUGCGAAUAUUGGAGUGGAUCCAGCAACACAUUUGUGGAAGAUGUUUCAACAGGGAUCGUCGUUGUGUGCAUUAUUCAACUGCGUGGUGUCGGACUACUCGAUACCAAUUGUUGGCAGUGACGAUCUCAGAGUGUGUAAGAAGUCUGUAUAUGACUUUUUGAUAGCCGUGAAGAUGCAUUUAAGCUUUGAAGAUGAUUCAAUGUUCACCAUAUCCGAUGUAUUCCUGGAUAACACCCAUGACCUUUUAAAAGUAUUAAAAGUAGUGAAUAAAUUGGUGUCAUUAAAGACCUCUAAGAACCCAGUAAACUUUGAGGUGGAUCAGUUAGCAAUAGGUGAGCUUACCAUAAGCGAUGAUCGAUCAAAGGUGUUAAAGGAGAUGAUAGAAACUGAAAGGAAAUACGUCCAGGACUUGGAAUUGUUACUUGCGUACAGAAAUGACUUACAGAGUGCUGAGCUUGUCUCGAGUGAACAGAUACAUAUACUUUUUCCCAAUUUAAACGAGAUUAUAGAUUUUCAAAGAAGAUUUUUAAAUGGAUUGGAAUGCAACGUAAAUAUCCCACAUAAAUACCAGAGAAUUGGGUCAAUCUUUAUACAUGCUGCAGGCGGCCCGUUCCGUGCUUAUGAGCCGUGGACAAUUGGUCAAAUUUCGGCCAUUGACCUCAUAAACAAGGAACUGAUAAAUUUGAAGAAGUCAUCUACAUUAUUGGACCCGGGAUUUGAAUUACAAUCUUAUAUUAUAAAGCCAAUUCAAAGAUUAUGUAAAUACCCCUUAUUAUUGAAGGAAUUGAUUAAAAACUCGCCUAAAUCAAUGUCUGAUAGUAGCAGCUCCCAUUCUGCUGCGUAUAAUGAAUUGAUAUUGGCAAAUUCCGCUGUAAAAGAAGUAGCCAAUCAAGUCAACGAAGCUCAAAGAAGAUCUGAAAAUGUUGGUUACUUACAAAGUUUAAUUGAAAGGGUAAACAACUGGAGAGGUUUUAAUUUAAGGGACCAGGGUGAACUACUUCAUCAUGGCGUGGUGGGUGUUAAAGAUGCAGAAAACGAAAAGGAAUAUUUCGCUUACUUAUUUGAAAAGAUAAUAUUUUUCUUCAUUGAUGGUUCAAAUAUCUCAAAAGAUAAAGAAGGUAAAAAGAAAAGAGAUAUUUUGUCUUCCAGAAAGAAAUCUCAAUCAUCAUCAACAACAAAUCUCUUGGAUACAUUGAAUCACGCUAAGGAUAAAUCUUUGCUAGAAUUAAAGGGUAGAGUGUACAUCCUGGAAAUUUAUAAUAUUUCAAUAUCGAAUUCUCAAGGAUACACACUAGUUAUUUCAUGGUCUGGUAAGAAGGAAAGCGGGUCAUUCACUUUAAGAUAUAGAACGGAAGAAUUAAGGAAUCAAUGGGAGAAAUGCUUAAGAACUUUGAAGACGAACGAAAUGAAUAAUCAGAUUCAUAGAAAAUUACGCGAUUCACAUGGAUCAUUGUUAACUAAUGAUUCUUCAGGAUACGAUGGUAGUUAUGGUCACAAUUCUCAUGAUGGGUAUUCAUCCAGAUCCUCAAAUGGCUCCACCUAUCAACGUCAUCAUUCGUCGUCAUCCACAUUCAGUAUGAUGAGACAAUCCAGAUCAAAGUCUUCCUCCGACCAUCAAAAUGCCCGUACCUCUUCAUCUUCAUUAUCCAACUCUGCAAAUAAUGCAAUGCCUGAUAAGAACGAAUAUUCAUUCCUGUCUGCCUCUUCUGGUUCUUCCAUGGUCGCAAUUAAACUAGUUUAUAAUAAGAUCGAAAUUCAAGAUAUAUUACUUGUUUCCACUGCCAUCCAGUUUAACGAUUUGCAUCUGAAAAUAUCUUCCAAAAUUGCUGCCAGCAAUGAGGUCAAUGAUGAUAUCCUUGUCAAUAAAUUGAAGUACAAGGACGAGGAUGGCGAUUUUGUGAUCAUGGACUCUAAUGAUGACUGGACUUUAGCCAUGGAUACUUUGGAUGAACUUAACGAAAAUAACGAGAGUGAUGAGCGUAUUAUAACAAUAUGGGCAUCGUGA